AUGGAGAAAGCUGCUCAAGAUAUGAAGGCUGUACCAGCCAACGAUGCCGAAGCCGAAAAGCUAGGCGAAAUGGUUGUGAAUCAUCACGGCCCCGAUGUGGAUGUCGCCGCCAAAUUCUUGCAGGAAUUGGACCCAGCCGUGUUGGCUGAGCCCAUCACGCCAGCCGAAGCACGCAAGUUGUUGUGGAAGAUUGAUUUGAUCUUGAUCCCCUUGAUCAUGAGCACAUGUGUGCUGGCAGCUGUGGACAAGGUCAUCAUUUCCAACGCUGCCAUCUACGGAAUGAGAGCGGAUACACACCUUGUCGGAAAUGAGUACUCAUGGGUUGGCUCGAUCUUUUACUUUGGAUAUCUUGUGUUCGAGUAUCCAGCCGCCUUUCUCAUUCAGCGGCUUCCCGUGGCAAAGUUCCUUUCUGCAUGUCUGCUAGGAUGGGCCAUCAUCUUGAUGUGCACUGCAGCCACUAAUGAUUUCGCUGGCUUGGCAACAGUGCGGUUUCUCAUGGGCAUGCUAGAGUCUGUCGUCUUUCCGAUCUGCAGCAUCUUCACUGUGAUGUGGUGGACUACGGAAGAGCAGCCUAUUAGACUUGCUUUCUGGUUCAAUCAGCUUUCCUCUGUAUUUUCCGGGCUUGUCAGCUACGGUAUCGGUCAUACACACACCAGCCUUCCGCCAUGGCGCCUCUUGUUCAUUGUACUAGGAGCUUUCACAAUCCUCUGGGCUGUGGUCGUCUAUUUCUUCAUGCCAGAUUCGCCCGUGACAUGUUGGUACUUGACCGAUCGCGAAAAAUAUGUCGCCCUCGAAAGAGUCAAGAACAACAAUACGGGUGUCGAGGAUAAGAAAAUCAAAUGGUAUCAAGUGCGCGAAUGCCUAACGGAUCCAAAAACCUGGCUUUUGGUAUUGUUUUCCUUGGCGCAAAACAUUCCUAAUGGCGGUCUCGUCACAUUCGCUUCCAUCAUUGUCUCGGGACUCGGAUACUCAAGUCUUAUCACCACGGUUCUCGGAAUCCCAACUGGCGUACUAGCCACCGUCUGGCAACUCGCUCUGUCAUUCAUCGCAGCCCGGUUCAAGAACUCUCGUUGCAUCGUUAUCGCUCUAGCGAAUCUAGUACCCAUGACCUGUGCCAUACUCAUGUGGAAGCUGCCUCGAUCCAACCAACAUGGACUUCUCGCAGCAUACUAUGUUUUCUAUACAUACUGGGGUCCUUACGUCCUAUCAACAUCCCUACCCAUGGCCAAUACCAGUGGUCACUCGAAGAAACUAACCAUGAACGCCGUCUUUUUCCUUGCAUACUGUGUCGGCAACAUCAUCGGCCCUCAGACCUUCCGCUCUUCCGAUGCCCCAACUUAUUCACAUGGAUACGAGGGUCUACUGGCUUGUUUGGUUGUUGCUAUUGCCUGUAUCUCUGCGUACGGCGUGCUAUGCCAUUUGGAGAAUAAGAAGCGCGACCGUGAGCAGGCUACUGGGGAUCAGCAUGUUGUAGCGGUAGAUCCGUUUUCGGAUUUGACGGAUAAGGAGAAGAAGGACUUCCGGUAUACUUACUAG